CGGGCUAUUAUCUAACAGGGAAGUAGUGGUUUGCAGUGAGUUGUAUGCGACUUUGUUUAUGCUGUGGAAACUGUGGUGCGUUCAGCUCCUAGUAUUCCUUGCCGUAGUUACACAGUCUGAAUAAUCAAAAUGUGGAAUCCAAAUCAAGGUCAACCUGGUCCAUACCCUGGAGGUCCAAUGCCCCCUAACCCAUCAUAUCCUCCAGGUCAUGCUCCUGGUUAUUCCCCAGGCAGUAACCCUGCUUACCCACCAGGCAUGGACCCUACUGGCCCUUAUGGUCCCACAGGGCAACAUCCAUUUCCACCUGUACACCCCUCUUACCCUGGAGGCCAACCCAGUGCACCCUCUUACCCUGGAAGCAUUCCACCAAACAUUGGCCCACCGGGUGGUGUCUAUCCAGGUAGUCAUCCCCAGCCAUACCCAGGAUACCCUCCUGGGAUGGGAAAUCCACUGGCAGGAGGGAUGGCUGGGGUUAUGGGUGGUGCAGGUAUGGCCAUUGCUUCACACAAAAUGGACAAAAAAAUGAAGAAGAAGAUGAAAAAAAUGAAGAAGGCCCAAAAACAUGGAAGACAUGGCAAGCAUUCAUCCAGCAGCAGUAGCAGCAGUGAUUCAGAUUAAAAUGGUAGGACACAUGGCGAUGAAUCAAUGCAGCAUGGAACGGUGAUUCAAUCCACAUGAUAUGCCAUCUUUUUCCCCUUACUCUACCUCCUUAGAAACUUCUAAUAUUCUUUCACAGGAAUCUUUUUUUUUUUUUUAGUGUGCACCCAUUCUUUCUUCAUUUAUUACUCACAGUAGCUUGCAAGCCUUGUAAAAAUUGUGGAAAUGCUAAUGUCAGUUCGUGACAAACUGGGUAGUGCGUCAUGUGUCCCAAAACGGGCUUGAACUGACUUAAGGAGCUCUGUCCCUGACGUUGUGGGGAAUGUGGUGUUAAUGGGUGGCACAGGGUAAGGAAGACAGAAUCUACAGGAUCAGGGUGCCACUCUGGAGUCAUUUUUAAAUUAUUCACCAAUGAAUGCAGCAAUCACAGUGGCCUUAUUUCCCUCUUUCUGAAAUUAUGAUGAGAGUUUAAAUUAAAUUAUAACCUUUAUAAAAUUAAUAUAUUUUUAUUAUUAUUUUAAUUAAGAUUCCAUUUAUGAUUGAAGAUGUACAUUUAUGGAAAGCCUUUAUUGUAUAACUACUGAUUGUAUAACUUGAUUUGAAUUACCUUUUUUUUUUUUACUAUAGAAUAAAAUGUUUGCAUUAGCACAUGCUUUAUACAUGUGAGCUUAUUUGUAUAUGUUGCAUACUUUUUUUUUCCUCCCACUUUAUAUUUUGUUAUGCACCAUUUUGUGUCAUGUUGUGACUGUUCUCAGCUUAUAAAUUUGAAGUACUUGUGAUUUAUCUGAAUAAAAAUUUAAAUAAAACA